GGGGGGGUGUAUGUGUAUUAUAUAUUGUAGUACGGUAGGAUGAUGGAAAUUAAGGAACUGUCUCUCGACUAGGAUAUUGUCCUGAUACCGAGUUAGAUAGUAUGAUGAUGAUGAUGAUGAUGAUGAUGAUGAUGAUGAUGAUGAUGAGACGGUUUAGUGGGAGGUAUGGAUCUAUACGAUAUGGGCUUGAGGCAUUGGGCAUUGCGUGGGUGGGUUGGGGGGGGUUGUUUUAUAGAUCAGGUCAAAUAUAAGGUUGAUAGAGAGAGAGAGAGAGAGAGAGAGAGAGAGAGAGAGAGAGAAAAGUGGCAGUUGCCGGACAGUUUCGGGGGAGAAAAGCUAGCUUACCUACUUUACCUGUCUACAAACCGGAUUCGAACAACAGAGGAUGAUGAGUACUGGCUUGCUACGGGCCAAUUGUAGCUAUCCAUGGAUCGACUGGUGAAUCAUUGGUCGAUUUCAAGGACGGUGGUUGUCGGCGCCCUGGACGUUUCGAGGGAGACUAUAACUAU